CACCAGUUCAACGCAAAUAGACAGCAGUCAACUGCAAUCCAAAAUGACCCAACUAACAGGGCCCGUACUGCUCGCAUUGGCACUAUCAGGCGCUGCAACUAGCGACCAUGACUCUUCAAAGGCCUGCGCGGCCAUCGCAUCCGCUCUCCCCAACCUCAUCAGCUUCCCCAACUCAUCCCCGUACUCCAGCCACAACAUCUACUGGUCCGCCCGCCAAUCCGAAGCCCGCCCUUCCUGCUUUGUAGCACCCAACACGGCCCAAGACGUCGCCAAAGCAAUCAAGAUCCUCACCCGCCAAAACAUCCCCUUCGCCGUCAAAGCAGGCGGUCACACGCCGUUCGAAGGCGCCUCCAACAUCGCUCAGGGCGUAACCCUCGACCUGGCCAACCUCAACGCCAUCUCCGUCGCCCUAGACCGCAAGACCGUGUCUGUUGGGGCCGGCGCCAGGUGGAUCAACGUCUCGGAAGCGCUCGACCCCCUCGGUCUAGCCGUCGUCGGCGGGCGUUCUGCCACCGUUGGCGUCAGCGGGCUGAUUCUCGGUGGCGGCAUCUCCUACUUCUCCGGCAGCAGGGGCUGGGCGUGCGACAAUGUCCGGAACUAUGAGGUAGUUCUCGCCUCGGGGGAGAUCGUGAACGCCUCACCGCGCGUAAACAGGAAUCUGUACUGGGCACUGCGCGGUGGAGGCGGCUCAAACUUCGGAAUCGUGACGAGGUUCGAUCUGGCGUCUUUUGACCAGGGCGAGUUGUGGGCCAACUCGCGCAUCUGGCCCGGCGCGUUGAACCGGACGCUGAUUCCGCUAAUGCACGACUUGCUGGUGAAUGGGCUGCCGUCCGACCCAGAGGCACACACGUAUUUCGUCAUGACCUAUUACCCCCAGCUCGGCGGUUAUCUCGUGAUGAAUGACCAGUACCACGCCACGUACUCAAACACCACCUCCCCCCCGGACGUCUUCGCCGCCUUUCACGAUGCAGCGUUGCCCACCCUGCUCACCAACACCCGCCUGGCCAACGUCUCCCGGCUGUUGCGCGACAUUGAGCAGCCGUUCGGCAUGCGCCAGGCUUACUGGGACACGAGCCUUGCGGCCACCGCGACCCCCGACUUGCUGCUGGACAUUGUCCCGCUGUGGGAGGAGCAAGUGGCACUCCUGACGGCAGCGGCCGCUGCAGUGAACUCGACCGUAGAGCCCUACCUUGUCUACCAGGGCAUCUCGUCCAACAUCCUGGAGGCCAUGCAGGUAAACGGGGGGAACGCGCUCGGAUUGAAGCCGGAGGAUGGGCCGGUCAUGAUCGUGCAGCUGUCGUUGACGUGGAGCAACCCUGCGUUAGACGAAGUCGUCGAGACCAGUUCAAAGGAACUCAUUGACAAGGUCAACGCGCUCGCGGCGUCGAGGGGGGCGCGGUCCAAGAACGGGUACAUAUACAUGAAUUAUGCCGCUGACACCCAGGACGUGUAUGCAGGAUAUGGGAGGGAGAACUUGGCAAGACUGAGACAUGUGGCGAAACGGUACGAUCCGGAGGGAAAGUUUCGUAAGUUAUGGAGAGGAUAUUUCAAGUUGUGAGUUGGGAUCUGGCCGGAUGGUGCGUGGGCAGACGGUGGCGGUUUGGAGUAUGAUGGAGACGUUGGUAAUAUAUAGAAGGCAAAUGAUCUGUACUCUGCAUUAGCCUAGAUUAACUGGCGGCCAUCUCUUUGCAAGGAGCCGGGCCAGGCACAAAGCCCAAUAGGACAACUUACAGCCG